GCUUACUCUUACGAGUUGUUGGCAUGUCUCACAUUGUUUUCCUGUAGCUUCAAUCUCUACACGCUCUGCAACCUCCACUCCACAGAGGAAUUAUUACAACUGUACAGCCCAGGGAUCUGGGGCUCACUACCCACCCCCCUUUUCUUACCCCUGCCAAACAAGGACCCCCCAAAACCUACCCCACCACCUAGGACACCAUUUACUGGCAUCCCACUGAGCUCCUCCUGUGCCUUCUUCACUAGAAGGAUCAGCUGGUUCUGGAGGUCUGCUUAGAGUGUUAUUGACAAGGAAACCUGAACAAGCACCCUAAACCAGCAAGUUCUGCGGGUCUCCGGGAGCAGAAUGAACAUUUCCUAGGAUCCCGACAUUGCUCAGCAACUUCCUGACAAAAUCAGAAGGCACAAGAAUGUUCCACGUGCUUCAAGCUGUGGCUCUUCUCCUAUCUGGUUGUCUUCUGUCAUCAGCACUGGUAUUUCCCAAAGACCUAACACCACUCAGGAUCAUUGAUGCACCGAGCACCUUGUCUUAUCCAUGGUUCCGUGGGUUGUCUAGUGAUGAUGAUACUGUCCAUCUUGGCCUGGACUUCCAGAAGAUGGUUAAGCUUAAUCAGACCUUGUUCAUUGCAGCAAGAGAUCACGUGUACGCCAUUGAUCUGCGAAGAGCAAAAGACACCUUUUCCACCGAUAGAUACAUAACAUGGAAGACACAAGACAUGGACAACUGUGCGAUUAAAGGCAAACAGCGGGACGAGUGCUACAAUUACAUCAAGGUGCUGGUUCCCAAGAAUGACCAAUCCCUCAUUGCGUGUGGUACCAACUCUUUCAAUCCUAUGUGUCGGAUCUACAAGAUUAAAACCUUGGAUCAAGAAGAAGAAUUUAACGGCCAGGCACGAUGUCCCUUUGACGCAAAGCAAGCCAAUGUAGCACUGUUUACAGAUGGGAAUCUGUACUCUGCGACCAUGGCAGAUUUCCAGGCCAGCGAUGCUGUUAUAUACCGUAGUCCCGGGGAAAAAAGUCCAGGUUCCGGAGAGAAGAGUCCAGUUCUCAGGACGGUAAAGUACGACUCCAAAUGGUUAAGAGAACCUCAUUUCAUCCAUGCUGUGGAAUUUGGACAAUACGUAUAUUUCUUCUUCCGAGAGAUAUCAAUGGAAUAUACCACUUUGGGGAAGGUAACUUUCUCUCGAGUAGCCCGCGUGUGUAAGAACGAUAUGGGCGGUUCCCCUCGGGUUCUGGAGAGGUACUGGACUUCGUUUCUUAAAGCUCGUCUCAACUGCUCGGUGCCCGGAGACUCCUUCUUUUACUUUGAUGUUCUCCAGUCUGUUAGCGAUAUCCUUACCAUCAACAACCGUCCAGGUGUAAUUGGGGUGUUUGGCACUCAAGCCAACAGUAUCACUGGCUCCGGAGUGUGUGCUUUCUACAUGGAUGAUAUUGAGAAGGCCUUUAAUGGGAAAUUCAAGGAGCAAAAGACCACCGAAUCUGCCUGGACUCCAAUUCCAGAAGACAAAGUACCAAAUCCUAGACCCGGUUGCUGUGCAGGUGCUGGAGCAGCAGCUUCGUAUAAGACAUCCAAUGAUUUCCCAGACGAGACCCUGGCAUUCAUUAAAUCUUAUCCUCUGUUGGACGAGGCAGUGCCAUCCAUCACUGAAUCACCUUGGUUCACCAAAACAACCAGCCGGUUUAAGUUGACCCAGAUAGCUGCUGAUACCACCGCAGGGCCCGCCGGAAAUUACACCAUCUUGUUUCUAGGCUCAGAAGAUGGGAAGGUUUUGAAAGUCCUUACCAGUACGAAGGAAAACUCAACAGUAGAGACUCUUCUACUGGAGGAAAUUAAUGUUUACAAUCCCACUAAGUGCAAUGUGAAAAAGGAGGACCGAAGGAUUCUGGGACUGCAGCUAGACCGUGAAAACCACGCUCUGUUUGUGGCCUUCUCAAGCUGUGUGAUCAGAGUACCCCUGAGCCGCUGUGAAACAUACGGAACCUGUAGGAGGAGCUGUCUGGCCUCUAGAGAUCCAUAUUGUGUGUGGCUGAAAUCCGGAAGCUGCAUGAGCUACAAGAGAGACAUCAGGACCGGAUAUGAGCAGGAUGUGGAGCAGUCCAAGCACUGGGGCAGCUGCCAAGAUGUUGUAACAGCUUCGGGAAGCACAGGAGGUGAAAGUGACUCUGCUUACGGGAAAGCCCCGCCCAGCAGUGACAUCAUCAUUGAAAGUGUUGCCUCCCUCGGGGAAGUGACUUCAGUGGGGCUUGGCUAUACCCCACCAGGUGUGACAUCAGACGGUUACUACCAACUUUCUGCCUGGUAUACUCUUAAAACCCAGGGUGUCCGUCAGGAAGCCGACAGGAAGGAGGCUACCAAGAGUGUCCACUUCACAUUUCUCAUUGGCUGUGUCUUCGUGGCCUUUGUGGUUGGGGCUAUAUUCUCUGGGCUCUUUGUCUCUUGCUAUUGCAAUCACAUGUUUCAGAAGAACAAACACAUCAGUAAAGAUCCUGAAUCUAGUCUACAACGCCCCCUCUCUUUGAGAAGCCUGGCAAAGAUGAAUGGACUCUUAGACAAUCAGUCAAAGGAGGGAAUGAUGGAAGCUACAUCUCCAAAGCUUUACACAACACUGUUGCAUGGAGAAAAGGAGCAAAAAGCAGAAACAAGCAAAACAGGAGGGAAGGAACAUCCAGAACUAUCUGGGCUUCCCACGCCUGAAUCUACACCGGAGCUACCUUUGAAGAAUCUGAAAGCUUUUAAGAACCAAUGGGAACGGAAUCAGAACUGUAACAAUGCAAAAGAAAUCCAAGGGAAGAGUCCUGUCUUUCAUUUCCCUGUAUCAAAUUCACAGGUUUUCCAGUUCCCUAGCACUGUGGUGCUCCCAAGCAGUAUUCAUGGGUAUGACCAACCUCUUUCUCCAUACGGAGAUGAAAAGAAGAUACCUAACUCUGAAAGGGCUCUCAUUCGGCAUUCUCAAUGCUAUCUUCCAAAAGUGGGUGAGAUGACAACCCUAGACGAACUACUUAAACAUCUACCAGAACCUAGUGGGUCACCAAGGAAAAUAUCCAGCAUGAUGGCCCUUAGCCAACAUGCGGUCAGCCCUCAUUCACCCAUGUCAUUCGUUAACAGAGUUCAACCAAAAAUCCCUGACACAGAAAGUGCACCUUAUUACAGCUCCUCCACACUUCCAAGGGACAGUCUACCACGGAGACUGGACAUCCCUCCUGACGUGUCACCCCAGUCCUGCAUGGAGAAACAGUCGAGAUCUCAGAGGCACUCUUUGUCUUCUGGACAUAAACUCAUGAACCUAGGCCCAGGUGGACCAAUGCUUUCCAGACAACACAGCUUGGGACAAGGUAAUAGGCAACCACCACCUCCACUUCUAACAAGGAUGCAUUCUACUGGUACUCCAGUAACGAUGGAAGGCCACAGCGUAUACCUUUCUCGACAGCACAGCUACACUGAACAAACACCUAUGCAGAGAAACAUGGUGAAAAGGACUCUAUCCCUUAGGCCCGAUAUGGCAUCCAAUGCAGUAUUUUUGCCAUCCUCACCUGUGAAGGAUGGAAAUCAGUUUAAGUAUUAAAACUGCUCCACCAACUUGAGCACACUAGACUAUUUCAGAUGAAGUGAAGCAAUGUGAAGCAAUGUUUUGCCUUUUUGUUUUGAAAUGCUCUCACCUAGACCACAGUAUCCAACAAUCAAGCCGUGCACUAUGAUUGUCCAAGGACUGAGGUAGAGAGAGGAUCUGCAUGAAGAAGUAUACCACUAAAAAAAAAACCCUAUGAACUGCCAUGAUGCUGACACAUGGCAACCAGUGACAUUUAGAGAUUGGAUGACACCACUGGCAAGGUCCUUUUUCCUUAUCACGUUUAAACCUCUUCUGAAUGUAUAUGACAUGCUCUCACUGAUAUCCAAUGAAAUGUAGUAUUUUCAUGUGCCAAGAGGUUUACGCAAACCCCCUUCCAUUGAUAGGUGGACACUGGGCGAGGAUAAGGGAGCUUUGGACUAAAAGGGAUGGUGCUGAUGGACUUGAAUUAUCUGUAUCCCUGAGCCGAAGUAAACCAUUUCAUUGUGCGGUUGAAAAACAUGAAAGGAUAUCUCAAGCGGAAUAGAUAAGUGUAAAUUAUUUUAUAUAUACAUACUUGUAUAUAUAUAGAUAUAUAUAUUUCACGAUAUAACUCCAUAUAAAAGGAGGAUGAUGUAACCCUACUGUGUAGGGGCAAGACACUUACUGCUAUUAAUAUUACUAAAAUUGUAUAGAUUUAAAAAAAAACAAAAUAAUUGGAAGACUAGACCGUGACCACCAUAACAUCCAUCACCUUGAUGUAUCUCACUGUAUCCCAGUGUCCUGUUUCAUUAAGGCUAUUCUUUGCAUUGGGUCAUUGACUGUGAAUUACUCCAAAAUUUUGCGUAAAAAACUGCCAGACUAUGAGCACUGUGUGCUUAACCAGGUGGAUAUAGCAUGGCGCGAGAGGACUGACCCAAGAGAUGCAUCUUCUUCAAGGAGCUCAUCUAACAGCUGUACCCCAACUGAAAGCAGUUAGCCCAGUGGAUAGUCUGUGUACAUGUGUGCCUUAAUUCAGUCUAGUCUUACGAACAGUGUCAUUGUUUAAACACAAAUGUGUGUUCAUCUUUUUCAUUGGGUGUUUCUUCAAGGGUGCUUUUGUCUGGAGGACUGUACGGAACUUGUAUACACCUGCUGGAGAUUGCCUUCUAUGUGUCUGUUACAGACAUAUAUAAAAUUCUGGGUGAUGUGUGAUUUUUUUAUUUUAUUUUCCAGUAUGAGGUUGAUGUGUUUUCACAGGUGGAAAUGAUACACUGUAUUGCUGUACUCACGUUGGCUCCUUGGUUUUUAAAAAAAAGAAAA